AUGUCCAACAUUGUUGAAAAUCUCAAACAAGCACUCAAUCCCAACAAGACCUUCCGUCCCAAACAUAAAUUCAUCAAAGGUUCCUCUCAACACACACUCCACAAAUACAAGAAGGAAACUCUCGGAAGUGGUGAUCUAACAGCAGCAGUCAAGUUACCCGAAGACGAAAAUUUAAAUGAAUGGUUGGCCAUCAACACGGUUGAUUUCUAUAAUACAACAAAUUUAUUGUAUGGUAGUUUGGGUGAAUAUUGUACAAGAGAUACAUGUCCUGUCAUGUGUGCAGGUGAUAAAUAUGAAUAUCAAUGGAUGGAUGGUAAGGAUUACAAGAAAGCUACCAAAGUAUCUGCUCCCGAUUAUGUUUCCUUGUUGAUGGACUGGAUUUGUCAACUUGUCAAUGAUGAGAAUGCAUUUCCAAGUGAUCCAACCAAAUUUCCAAAAUCCUUCUUGACCAUUGUAAAGACUAUAUUUAAGAGAAUGUUUAGAGUCUAUGCUCACAUGUAUUACAAUCACUACAAGGAUGCCAAACAAUUGAACUUGGAUAGACAUUUAAAUACUGCUUUUAAACAUUUCAUGUGUUUUGUGAACGAAUUUGAUUUGAUUGAUAAGAAGGAACUCGAACCACUCAAAGGAGUUAUUGCUGAUCUGCUUGGCAAGUCAUCGGGGGUUGAUAGCAGUAGUGUCGAUACGAAUUUAUCGGCCAUGGGAGGAGGAAGCGCCUCUUCACCAUCCUCGGACCAAUAA